GAAUUCCUGACGAAAUGAGAGAAUUGGCCCGCACCUCCAAACCCAAGGUGGAAAUCAGCAAAAACGGAAAUGUAUGGACCAUCAAGACAACAGCCGGCGAUAAGGUGUCGGAGACAAACUAUCCUGUCGGUGAAGAAAUUGAGACGAUGACCUUGGUGGGCAAAACAGUUAAAGCACUUUUGAAGGAAACUGCAAAUGGGUUAAUAGAGACACAGAAGUCAGAUGGUAGUGAAACUACCUUUGAGAGGGCUGUGGAGGAUGGACAUUUUAUUUAUAAAAUGUCUGCCAAAGGAGUGCAAGCCAAAGUGAAAUUUGUGAAAGGAUGAAAAGAAAAAAAUUCUUGCAGUGUUUUCAAAAUGCAUGUUAAGCUUUUUAAAGGAUGAACUGUACAUUACAUUUUGCAAUAUAAACUUUAAUGUCAUUGUCUGUCAUAUUUAUAUCUCAUUUUUCAGUUUGCAUAGAUUUCUAAAGGAAGCUAUCAAAUUUCUUAGGUUUUUUAAAUCUAAAAAUGUCCUGCUGGGAUAGCCUACUUCAGGGUAGCCCAGUUUUGGAUAGCUUAUGAAAUGUUGUAAAAGAGACAUUUUAGGAGUAGCCCAAAUACUAAGGUCUAGAUAUUUGAAUAUAAUAUAUGUACUUAUUUUGGAAGAUCUUAUGCUUUGUAAACAACAUGUAGCCUACCACUGCCGCUGGCUGUCUUGAAGAUUUCUCCAAUAGCAUUAUUUUCUUUAGUUCUGUUUCUUUGGUUUCAUCAUUUGAAAAGAGGAUUUCAUUCAACAAGAUUUAUAAAGUAGGCCUACUAGCACACUCAUAAAAAUAUGCAUUCGCUGGUUCCUUUGUGUAAAGUCUGAUAUGGAAAUGUGAAUGAAUUCAAAAAGAAGGUGUUCUAGUGAAGCAAAGGAAGUUUGAUUAAAACGCACGCUCAGUAGAUAAAGCAGAAUUCUUUUCUGUCGCUUGUGCCUGUCUGUUAAAAGGGGCCUCAUUAGACACGUGACACAUAUAUAAUAGUCCUUUCCUCAAUUAGUCUGCAGUUAGCAAUUACUUUUGCUUUGACAUAUAUAUAUAUAUAAAAUUCAAACUUAGUUCUCUAGUGGAACAUUUCUGUUUGAAAGUAAGAAGAUUAUAGUUUUGUGUUUCUGGAGUAAGGAAUAAAAUGCCAUUUCAUUUUGCAUUCUUAUUCAGCCAUUGCCUAGCUUACCUAUAUAAAAUAAUAUAGCCCAUGAAAUGGGAGUAUAUUUUGUUGUGACUGCUACUUACAUUGAAUCAAUGCUUUUGAAAUCAAGAGAUAGAUCUGUAGUGAAUUCUCGAUGUUUGAAAUAAACGGCUCCUAAAUAACGUAUAUCAUCAUGAGACGCAUGAGUGGAUAAGAUGCUGGGAGAUUUAAUAGGCAAAAUUUUAGAAUAAAUCAUAUGCUCAUCUGAUAAGACACUCUAACUUUUUCAUGACAAGCACCAUCACCGAAAAGCUACCCUUUUUAUUUCCAGAAAGCUAAAGUUAAAGAAUUAUAACACUGAUGAAUGUACAAUUAAAGUGGUGUUUAAAAACUGUCGAAAUUGUCAAAAAUCCUCGUUGUCACCCCAAAAAAAAGGCUCAUCAUCAUGACCUAUCUCAAUUACAUCAUCCCUGUCUCUUUAUACAAGUCACAAACAUUUGUGAAUUUGUUCCUUUGGUUGGCCAUCACUGGGUUUUCUGGGUCUAAUUUUGUAUCUAAUGGAUACAGGGAGACUUUAAAUGUAAGCCUUGAUUUUGAGGUAACAAGUUACAUCCUGUACACAAUGAUACACUGAACCUCAAUCUGAGAAUGAUGAGCACCUGACGUACACUAACAACAGUGAUUCGUUAGCCAUCGAAGCAUUCUGUUUUUCUAGUUGUUUUUCAUUUUUUUUAUUUUUAGUGAUUGUGAAAGAUAUCAGAAGAAACAAAUGAAUGUGGACUAACACUCAAAACAAAGGCAACUGUAAAUGUCCUUGAUUGUAAUAAGAGAAGUAUUAAAGACAUGAUUCUGUAAUUUUGCUUAUUUUCAUAAACUUUUGCAAAAAUCUUCAACUCUGUUACUUAUUUUUUUACUUGGUUUGAGUAUCAUUUUUUUGUUCUUUUAUAGUUGCUUUUGACAUUUUGUUGUCGAGACUGCGAUUUUUAAAUAAAAUCUUCUUUCUGCGAAGCACAAAAAAAA